AGGGGAGGUUCGCGUUCACACAGUUAGUUCUGCAUUAUAUGUUGCAACAGAGUGAAGGCAGGAAACAGAGAUGACACACUCAACGUUUCUCUGCAUCAGACUAGUACCACAGAGAGAGAGAGAGAAGAGACGAAACAUAGAAGGAGGAGAGGAGAGGGGGAAGCUCUCCAAGACAAGCGAGUAAACCAAUACAAAAGGAGAGAAAACAAAAGGAGGUGAUAGGAGAAGAUAAAGGAGAAGGUCACGAAAAGGAGAGCAAUGAAAAGAGUCAGAAACAACGCGGAGAAAAAAGAAGAAGAAGUGGACCGAAGCCAAAGCAAGUAGAAGGGAGGAUUGGACGAGGAGGGAAAGAAGAAGAGGAGCAGAAGAAGAAAGUGGACAAAAAGAAGAAAAAUAGCAGGUGAGAAAAGUGAGACUUUAAGCAGAAGAAGAAGCAGAAAGUCAGAGAGGAGGGUGAGGGGAAGAAGUGAAGCGGCAGGACAAGGAAGGGAAGGAGGAGACACUGAAGGAGGAAUAGGAGGAGAAGAAGAGGAGCUGCAGUGUCAGAAUGGAGGAGGACAUCAGGAAACAAGGGAUGCUCUAUCUGCAGCAGCAGAGGUUUGGAAAGAAAUGGAAGCGUGUGUGGUGCGUCCUAUUCAGAGACAGUUCCUGUUCGAUUUCCAGACUGGAGUUCUUUGAAUGUAAAGAUGGAGUAUGUGCAGAGAAAAGCGACAAAAAUCUUCGCAAACAACAGGAGCACAAGAAGGUAGAGUGUCCGUUGGCGGACUGUGUACGUGUGUCGGAAGUGGACGUGGACGGAUGUCCUAGAGAAACAGGACCCUUCCUGAUCGAGACCAGAGAAGAUCUAUGUGUUUGCGCAGACCGACUACAGCUGGACGACUGGACACACAAAUUGUUGUGAGAGCCCUUCCCUGAGACUAAUUGGACAGGGAAAAGAGGAAGCCUGCAGAGAGGAAACAGAGUGGACGAAGAUGCAGGGAUGGAGGACAACUCACUGUACAGCGGCAGAGAAACAGUGCGUGACUUCAGAGUGUGUAUUCGGAGGACAGAGGCGUCUGAUCGCUGCAGACUGAAAGGAGACGGAUUCCUGCGAGCUGAUAGUGAGGCUCUUCACCUGCUGGAUAAGACUGGAGACAUUGUUUACACCUGGCCAUACAGAUACCUGCGCCGCUUCGGACGAGACAAGUCCACCUUCUCUUUCGAGGCUGGGCGGAGGUGCAACUCCGGUGAGGGCAGUUUUGAAUUCGACACCAAACAGGGGAACAUCCUGUUUCAGGCUGUGGAAGUUGCCAUCCACCUUCAACGGAUCUCCUGUCCCCAGAGGCAGACCUCCGGGGGGGGCCGGGUGAGUCCAGAGACCCCCCAGGACGGGAACCUGCCCCCCCUGCCCCUCAACCCACCCCUGGUCCAGUGCAGGAUGGCACCGCUGCCUCAACCCCGCAGCCAUAUCCCCCAACCUCCUGCAGCUCAGACUGAGGACGGUGUGUACAGCCUGGUGACUGAAACUCCAAAUCUUCAUAUGAUUCUUCACAAAGAUAAAGAGAGUUCCACUUCUUCCCAACAGCAACACCGUCCCCAGCUGUCUCGUCUAGAGCCUCCAGUUGACAAAACGCUGACGGGUGUGAAGAGUUUGACUCUGGACACUCGCGGCAUCCCCGUCCCUCGAAAGAACCAGGUCAAGACGAUCUCCAGCUGCCCUCUGCCUCACGCCGGCCCUGAGCCCGGCCCCAACCUGGCCCUGGGCGUCGGCUCCACCCACAACCCCAAUCCUCGCAUCAGCCCCAAAAUGAGCUCCAGCCCCAACCCAGACCAGACGUACUCCCAGAUCAACCUGCUGGCCGUCGCAGAGCGAGGCACCAAGAGAGAGCACAGAGGCGGCAGCAUGGCUCCCUCCUGCACCCCCCCUGCCAUCCGCAAUGAGCCGGACUACUCCCUCCCCUUUGACACCAUCGCCAUGAACGUCAUGUCAGAUAUCCUGAACUCCCAUCAGGCUCAAAGAGCUGAGUCUGGUGCAGACCCGCUCUACGACAGCAUCGACGAGAUGAAGAUCAGAAACAUCUUCCCAAGCACCACCCCUUCUGCGGUCGAGCAGCUGUACAGGAAGGUGGAACACAUCUACGACGAGCCCGAAGGAUGCGCCGCCCCUACGCAGAAACCUCCCACCUCCGUGUACGAUGACCCUGAAGAAAUGAAAGGAGAUGCCUGGAGGAUUAUGGGUAUACCUGCUGACCCUAAAGGUCAUGAGUAUCCGUACAACGCCCAGGUGGACGACUACGCUGUGCCCAAACGAGCCCAGAAGGUGCUUCCUGUUAAACAAAGCAGGGAAGAAGAAGAAGAAGAAGACGAAGAAGAAGAAGAAGACAAAGAAAAAGGAGAAGAAGAAGAAGAAGAAGAAGAAGAAGAAGAAGACAAAGAUGGGACGGAGGAUGACAACCAGAACAAGGAGAAACAGGAUUCACUGUACAAAAACAUUAUGGUGAAGAUGGCGUAGAAGAGAUAGGAAGCAGCUGUGAGCAUUAACAUGAUUCCAAUAUAAAUAUUUAGGUUUAUUAUUUAAUCCAGCUGGCAGACUGGGCUGAUCACUGAGACUCUGGUUUGUAAAGUCAUAACUCUCUGGCUCAUCAUCCAUCUUUACUCUCUUUGUAUAAUAUCGCUUUGCACCGGCGUACUCGUCCACUUCUCUGGAAGACGCGCAGGGCCUCUGGGUUCAAAUUCCGUGUUAAAUAAUUCACAGUUAAAUUGUUUCUGCUCAGCUCAAUUUUUUCCCUGUUGACUAGUGUACUUUGAAACCUAUAUUUUCACUAUUGUUAAAUCAUUUAAUUUAUGAAAUGGUAAAAAAAAAAAAAAAAGACCA